CAGACGAGUGUGCGGUUUUUGAAAGGAGCCGGCGUACGUCUGAGAUGCCUGAAGCAUCUUGAAGAGUGUCGUCUGCUUUGUUAUUCGUUCUGAAAGUGCUACGUGCCUCGUUGUUCAGUGGGUUGGAUUGAACUUUGGCUUCCUUGACUGCGACGAGGUGACUUUUCUGAGUGUCGUGCUGAUGAGACUUGCGGAGACUUCCCCUGCGCACUACCGGAAGUAGGCUUCAUUACAUAUUUCAUGCCGUAUAAUGGACCCGGAUGAAGAGGAACAGGAUCAUCGGCCAAACAUGUUUCCUCAGAACGUCAUCUUCCAGAUAGGUUACCAUCCGAAGUCGAAGCGCUACUCUCAACGCCAGAGCUCGGCUGGCAGCGCCACGAACGGCGAUCUCUUUGUUCUCAGCAACGUAGCCAAGACGCCGGAUGUGGUUGCCGGAACCAUAUUUCCCUCCGAGCGCGCACCCUACGGAAGCCAUCGGAUGUUCGACCCGGCUAAGGUGGUAUCGCAAGACACCGGAGAUCUCAUAGACCCCGGAAGUACAACUGCUCUCUUGGAUAGUCCCAACUUGGACAGGAGUCCCAAUAGAAAGAGCGGGACAAAGCAGCUCCAUCGAGAAUGCUGCGCACCCCUAUUCGUCCACUGGAACUGGCCCGUCAUCCGCAUGGGCUGCUUAUGCCUCUGCAUCAGCUCAUUGGUCGGCAUUCUUUGCGUCAUCGUCGGCGUGCUCCUCUCACGGCCGCCAUCUUGCGACCCGCAGCGCUCCUGGUGGCAGGGCAGCGUUAUGUACGAGGUCUUUACGGCCUCGUUCGUCGACUCCGACCACGACGGCUUCGGCGACUUCAAGGGUUUGGCGUCGCGUCUGGACUACGUCAAGAGACUGAAAGUGUCGACGCUGAGGCUGUCCUCUGUGUUCAGUGCGUUGGACUAUCCGCUGGAGUACGAGCACAUCAUUGACUUUGACAAUGUGGACCCCCAUCUGGGACACAUGUCGGACUUUGACGAUUUGGUGCAAGCAGUGCAUCGGGAGGGCUUGACCCUUGUGUUGGACAUCAACCCCUCUGUGACGAGUGAUCAGCAUGCGUGGGCUGCUCAUUGGUUGUUGGAUCGUAAUGGAGAGUAUGCUGGAUACUACGUGCUGGCCAAUGAGAGCACGACGGCGAACCUUGUUUCCGACGAAGACUGGGACGACGACCGCAAGGACCCUCACAGACCGUUCGGAAGUCAGCUGUUCCUCAACUGGUCGCACCCAGACGUCCGACGUGAUAUAUUCCAGUCUGUGCACGUCUGGCUUCGUAAGGGCGUCGACGGCUUCUACCUGAAGCAUCCAGAAAGACUUCGAGUCCGCGAUGACCACGAACUCUACGAGGUCCUUUUGUCCUGGCGGCGGCUUCUAGACAGCUACGAAGAGUCCGACAACAGAGGUCGCAUCAUGAUGACCUCUGUGGACCUGGCAGACGACCUUUACGAAAGGUCUUCGCCCAUGUUGGGUCCCAUCCUGGAGUUAUUCGACCUGCUCGACGUACACAUCGACGUGGAAGGUGGACCCGCAAACGUCUCGGAGGCCUUCUCCGUCAGGGUGAGGGACUCGCAAAAGUGGAGGAACGUCAGCGCGGGUCCGUGGUUCUCUUGGAAUCUCGGCGAUGCGGAGAGCUCGCGCCUGGGGUCGAGGUUAGACGUGGAUCCGCUGACGGCGCUAUUUGCGCUGUGGUCUCUGCCCGGAAGUGUCUCCAUCUUCUACGGGGAUGAGAUUGGACAGAAAGAUGCUUUCGACGUCAUAUCCGGAAGGCCCUUCCGCACCGGCCAGCUAGGCCUGAUGCAAUGGACGGACGGCCCUCACGCCAACUUCACCACCUCCACCCCGUGGAUUCCCGUCCACCCAGAUUACUCCACCAGAAACAUCGACAAUGCCUCGGAGACCCUCAACGUCCUUGCCCGUCUGACGGACAUCCGGAACGACGCCGUUGCCCUCUUCAUGGACGGCGUCUUCAAGCACCGCCGGAAGACCUCCAACUCGAGGGUCGUACGUCAAGACCGCGAGGUCCUGGCCCUGGAGAGGUUCUACCCUCGCAGAAGCCGCUAUGGUGCCAUCAUCAACUUCGCGUCAAGGCCGGUGACGCGGGACUUAUCGGACUUGUGGUUCGAAGGCAAUGUCGUGGCGGGAACCAGUCAUAGUCUGCCAACCAGGGUCAACUUCCGGGAACUUUAUCUGGAGCCUGGUGAAGCCCUCCUCGUUGAGAUUAUCAGCUGAACAGGUGGUGACGCAGAAUGGCUGAAGUGACUUCUGCUAUCGAAGCGCUGUUUUUAUGUGGUCAUCUGAAGUACAUGCGUAUUAAGGAUAGGACAAGACAUACAUUAUUUGGAUGUUAUGACUGCGAGGAGUACACACGGAAUUCCUGACUGAAAUUAACACAAAAUUCAAAUUCGAUGACAACCCUGUAAAUGAGUAUGGUACGUUGAAGUUUCCCAUCUUGUUCACAUAUUUAAUUGCCUGGGACCUAGAAGGGGCUCAGCGUACACAUCAUCUACCACACGAAGCAGAAGCAAGCAUACAAUGAGUUCAUCCUGCCCAGGAGAUUACACAACAGGGCCGGCCACUUUUCUACUUCGUGACAUAUCACCCAGCCGACUUCACCAAAGUAAGACGCUUCGUUGCAUGACUACGGUUGCAAGAAAGACAAUGUCAUAGCCGAGCCAAGGAAUACCAUCCAUGACUUAUGCAGACGGGUUCAGAAGACGGUGCUGAAGCCAUUACAUCUUUUAUGCGGCGAUGUCGAAAACAUAACCAGGGCAAGGAAACAGUUGCUAGACGAAGGUGGAUUCACAGGAGGCAGAAGUUUGUCUGGCAGACGUGCCUGGCUGCUCUGAGGGGAAGUUAUCAUCUGCAUUGUGCAGAUAAGACACCUGGUGAAAGGCUAUCAGCUGCCGUCACCUGAUGUGCAGUGACGUCGAUAAUCUUUUGACUGGUACUGAUCGUCUGCUAUGUUUCGAGUGACAUAUAUGUGCCACAUGCACUGCAUCUUGGAAAUAUCCGAUGCAACAUCGUGAAUAUAUUGUGCUAUCUGACAGGCACACCGACCCAAAAUGUGUUUUCCACCGAAGUCGACAAGGUAUUUCUGUGCGAGGUCAUGCUAGGACAUGGCGUGCAACAUGGACACCUGUGGACUGACCAAGACUCGUGCCAACCCUGUUACAUGUGAAUGUGUCAUUUUUAUGUCAUCAACAUGAGUCCGGAAAACAUUCCACGAUUGGCUGUGUGGAACAUGUACAACAAACCUAGAAAAAAGCUAAUCACAAAUCAAUUCACGAACGUUAAUUACGUAUUGUUAAAAUAUCACAACAAAACUUGUAUGUAGCAUCCAGUACCUGCUUCAUAACCCUAAUUUUCCCGUACAAUAAGUUAUCAAAUGUUGCUGUUUGUUACUUCAUAAGGAGUUACAAAACCUCGGACGCAAACCUUCCUGUAAAUAAUGUCCAUCUUCCACCACCAUUUCUCACGCCCCCUAUCUCUGAGCAUGACGUCAUCGUUUCUACUACGUCACGUGUUCCGCCACAUGGACUUCCUGUUCCGACUCCUGGUGUUAGCUGGUCGAACCACGCCAAAGCAGCCUGAGUCCAUCCAUCGCGUGGUGAAGGAUAAUAAUGAAGAUACAUCCACCUUCUUGAGAGUAACGACUAUUUUGUGCAGGGAAUCCAUUUUAAAAAAUCGUGCCAAGGAAGAAAGGAAAGACUGCUGUAGAUAAGGCAGGGAGUUUGUGAA